CGCUACUUCUUCUUCUUCUUCGACGUAGAGAGAGGGAGAGAGCAAUGGCCCUGAGGUUCCCGACGCAGCUCAGCACCCCUCGCCACCUGCGCCACCGCGGGGGUCUCUCCUGGACGCGAGCUUUAGCUCCGGAUGCUCUCGGUUCUUCACACUCUUCCCCUCCCCCCGCGUCUUUCCGCACUGGAAAGUCCCGCGUGCAACAGUUGGUGACCUGCACUGCACAGGCACCCGGAGCUGUUAAUCUGGCCCCCGGGACACCAGUUAGGCCCACGAGUAUCCUUGUGGUGGGGGCCACUGGGACUCUGGGCAGGCAAAUCGUGCGGAGGGCCCUCGAUGAAGGUUACGAUGUGAGGUGCCUUGUCAGGCCUAGACCCGCUCCUGCCGACUUCCUUCGUGACUGGGGAGCCACUGUCGUUAAUGCUGACUUGAGUAAACCGGAGACCAUACCUGCAACAUUGGUUGGGAUUCACACAGUCAUUGAUUGCGCAACAGGACGCCCUGAAGAGCCCAUCAAGACGGUAGACUGGGAAGGGAAAGUUGCUCUAAUACAAUGUGCAAAAGCAAUGGGAAUCCAGAAGUAUGUUUUCUUUUCUAUCCACAACUGUGAGAAGCAUCCUGAAGUUCCACUGAUGGAGAUUAAAUACUGCACAGAGAAGUUUCUGAAAGAGACUGGCCUAAACCAUAUCACGAUUCGGUUGUGCGGAUUCAUGCAAGGACUGAUCGGUCAAUAUGCAGUACCUAUAUUAGAAGAGAAAUCUGUCUGGGGUACUGAUGCACCCACACGAAUAGCUUAUAUGGACACUCAGGAUAUAGCUCGGUUGACGUUCAUAGCAUUACGUAAAGAGAAUAUUAACGGGAAGCUUCUCACAUUUGCCGGGCCUCGUGCAUGGACAACGCAGGAGGUGAUAACAUUGUGUGAGAGACUUGCCGGGCAAGAUGCAAAUGUCACAACAGUUCCAGUCUCAGUCCUGAGAAUAACAAGGCAACUGACAAGGUUGUUCGAGUGGACAAAUGAUGUAGCUGAUAGAUUGGCAUUUUCAGAGGUCCUUACAAGUGAUACAGUCUUCUCGGUCCCAAUGACUGAGACAUACAACCUUCUUGGCGCGGAUCCAAAGGACAUCGUCACGCUGGAGAAGUACUUGCAGGACUACUUCGCGAACAUCUUGAAGAAAUUGAAAGACCUCAAAGCGCAAUCAAAGCAAACUGAUAUUUUCUUCUAAAGGAAGGGAAAGGGUUUGUGUGUAUGUAAGUGAAGCUGUAUCAAAUCAUACAUUCCAUGUCCUCGAUAAGACAUGACAUAGAGCUGUUCGAUAUCUUUGCUUCGGAAUAGUAAAUGUUCCCACUUGUUCUUACUCUCUCAAUCACUAUGUAACAUUUUCCCACAUGUUAAUGGAAGAAGAUAGAAAAUUUGUUCGA